AUGAAGAUGACAUGGCUUAUGGAGGGCUGUGUCAAUGGUCAUGCGUUCACAAUCGAAGGAGAAGGCACUGGCAAACCUUACGAGUAAGUUUAUGUCACAUAACGAUCAACCUGUAAAUUGUCCUUUUGCGUGAAUGCAUUGCUGGUCUAACGAAAGUAAAUUUGAUUAUUUCAGUUGUCUCUUGCGGCCAUUUGUGUCAUCUGCGUAUAUCUCGAAAAAAGUGGUAGAUAGAUCCAAGCUUCAUAUAGUAACUCGUCCAGAAGUCAUAGUACGCAAGUCACUUAUGUGAUGAAAACGCACCAAAUUAAAAUAGCCAUAUGCUACUUCAGUGAUUUCGUUCAUAAAAUACUACCAUAUCGAAAACUAUUCCCAUCUGAACAUUUCAGAGGCAAACAAACAGGGACAUUCCGUGUUACAAAGGGCGGACCCCUUCCAUUCGCCGUUGACAUAGUGGCACCGACCUUGAAGUAUGGAUUCAAAUGUUUUAUGAAGUACCCUGCUGAUAUUCCUGACUAUUUCAAGCAAGCAUUUCCUGAGGGUCUGACAUACGACAGGAAAUUAACAUUUGAAGAUGGAGGGUGUGCCACGGCCACCGUGGAAAUGACGUGAGUGAUUCCUUACUAUUUAAAUAGUAAUCGGCUUUUUAACUUGCAGAUUGCACAAGGAUCUUUGCUAGUUGUUAAUUUAGUUUUCAGAAUUCAUUGUAUUAGCUGUGAAUGAUCUUAAAAAAAAAUCACAUAAAUUUUCCCACAUAUUCUACAACACUACACAAAGAUUUGGGCUCUUUGUGAAAAAGUGAAAAUUCACGACGGAUUUCCAUGAUGAAUAACAUCAUGGAAGUCUCAAAAGUGCAUUACACCUUUUUCUGUUCAUUUACGCAAAAUGUACAUUCAUUAACGUCAACAGUUGAAACUAUACGGCAAAUAUACAUUCAUUAGCACUUCCAUGAAACUCAUGAACGCGAACGAACUUUCAAUAACGCUAUUUGCAUAUGUAUUAACAUUCAAUAGCAUCAACGGAUGAACAAUUGCACCUUUGAACAAUCAAACAGAACAAAUAUACUUUCAAUCUCGCGUAAUGGUUGAUCAUUAACACCAAUAGAAAAUCAAUUGCAUAGUAUGACAAUCAAUUGCUUAUUAGAGACAUUCAAUAAUACAAUUUGCAUAGAGACGUACAUUCAAUUAGCACUUCAAUGAAUUUCAUUGAAGUGCUAAUGAAUGUAUAUUUGCCGUAUAGUUUCAACUGUUGACGUAAAUGAAUGUACAUUUUACGUAAAUGAACAGCAAAAGGUGUAAUACAGCGACAACCGCUUGCUUUUCAAAAAUAAUUAGGCAACACCCAGUUUGCACAAACUAGCCUGAACUUUUUUUACAUUUGUCAUUUUCUUCCUUUCCCACUUGUUUUUGUCUUCUAACAUAGUAAUCUAACCUGUUGAAUUUGAUUUUUUUUCCCAUUAAAAUCUUUAGCUCGUAAGGUGGACUCAAAAUGUAUGUUUUAUUCCUUUUGCGUACUGAAAUGCUUCCUACUUUGACAGCCUCAAAGGCAACACUCUUGUGCACAAGACCAAUUUUCAAGGAGGCAACUUUCCCAUCGACGGGCCUGUCAUGCAAAACAGGACGCUUGGCUGGGAACCAACCUCGGAGAAAAUGACUCCUUGUGAUGGAACAAUCAAAGGAGACACUAUCAUGUACCUUUUGGUCGAAGGAGGGAAAAUGCUGAAAUGUCGAUAUGAAAAUAAUUACAGGUAAUUACGUUGGCUUCGACUGCUGUGUACAGACAUGUACACACAUAUUCAGGAGCAGUGCACCCGAACGUUUUAGGUCACCUCAGAGGUUUGCACGUCUCUCCAUUCGCCAAAUUCUCUCAAGUUUCCGAAUUUUGUGAUCAUAACUUUUCAACAGAUUAACUUCACAGCUACAUAAAGUUCCAGUUGUGCACAUUUCUCUGAACGUAUUUUGAUCGCUUACGGUCAUAAUUACAACUCGAACGCACUGUUCAGAAACUGUCUUCAUCUUUCAUUCUUGUUUUUUUUCCUUCAGAGCCAAGAAGGUGAUACACGAGAUGCCACCGAGCCACUUUGUGGAUCUCCGCCUUGUGAGAACCAACCUUGAUAAGGAAGGUUUGAAGUUUCAACUGGAAGAACAUGCCGUGGCAAGAAUCCUCGAAGUUUGA